GUGAAAACGUUUCUGAGUCGACACAAAGAUGCCACAAGAAGUCAAUGAUCAAGAUUUAGUGUCCAUUAAGGAAUGGAUCGCCAAAGAAACAUAUCUACCCCGAGACCUUGAUGAAAUAAUGCUGAGAAAGUUUCUGCACAGCUGCUAUGGUAGUCUGGAACGGACUAAAAAGUGCAUCGAGAGGUUUUGUACGACGCGCGCCUCACUCACGGAAUUGUACACGUCAAGGGAUCCCACGUCCUCAAAGAUGACAGCGGCAUUCUCAAUUACAGCUCUGGCUACUUACAAAACUGAUGAAGACGAAAUCUUGAUUCAUCAACUCGAUGAUCCACAGUUAGAGAAGUUCUCAUUUUACGACAUACUCAAGGCAUUCACUAUACAAGGAGAUUAUUGGCUUCGAAACUACGACUUUUUUCCAAGAGGACAUAUCGUGGUGUUGGAUAUCAAGGACUACACACUAAAAAUUCUUCCUAAAGUCAACAUUAUGUACUUCAGAGAUUUCAUAUUAUAUUUGCUAGAAGCCAUGCCGGUCCGAGUGAAACAUGUGCACGCAGUGAAUUGUCCGUCGUAUUAUGAAAAAUUGUACGCACUAGUUAAACCAGCGCUUCCGUCGGAGAUUUGCGAUAUUAUCACGUUCCAUUCCAAUACUGAAAGUCUAUGGCGGGCGAUAGAUAAAAAGUUUUUGCCUUCGGAAUAUGGUGGAGACGCCCAGAGCCUGAAGGUGCAACAUCAAGAGUGGAUUACCAAAAUUAAAGAGGACAGAAAAAUGUACCUAAAUGACAACUUAUGGAAAGCCGAUCUUAAGCGGAAACCGAAGAGCAACAUCGUCGAGAACUCAAUGACUGGAUCCUUUAAAACACUAUCAAUCGACUGAUACAUUAAAAAUGUCAUCAGUUUAAGCUAGAAAUUUUCUAUAUUUUUGCACUUUUAAAAAAUAUACAUGUAUUUUAUACUGUUAUAACUAGAAUUAGAAUUAAGAUGAAGCACACUAGAAGAGCUUAUUAUAAAUGGAAAUACUUCCGAUAUGUUUGUCAGUUUUAAUAUUAUUUUUAUAUGACUUGGGAAUAAACAAAUAUUGAUCCAGUGGAUUAUUAUGUAUGUAUUUACAAACCGUGUAUUUCUAUUAGUUGUUUAGUAUCCAUAGUACAAUUAUUAGUUAGUUUGGGAGUAUGUAGAUGGUUUGAUGUGUAUUAUACACCAACUAUUUGUAGCAGUUAGUAAAAAAGACAAGAUUUUCAUUUAGAAAAUUUUAUAUUAUGAAGACUAAAUUGCUAAUUUAGUCUUUAUAAUAUAAAAUACUAUAUACAUUUUACAACGUACUUGUAAUACCUAAAUAAAGUGAAGUACAAAUAUAAAAAAUGAAGCAAUAAUAUAACUAAGAAUUCAUACAUUUAGAUUUUUUAUUCAGUACGAAUAAAGCUAUAAUAUUAAAAAAAUAUUGAACUUAUAUGACGGACAGAGAGGGACAGAGGAAAAACGCUAAAAUUCAAUGCUUGUAUUUGUGAAUAAAUAGAUUUAAUGGUUGCUGUUAUAAUAAAUGUACGUAGUUUUAAUUAAAUGUAUCUCAAACCUUUAUAAAAAAUUAAAAUAUCUCUAGAAUCAUUCAUUUAUUGUAGCCACAUUAUCAUUAGGUACAGGGAUUAUCAUAUAAUGAACGGUUUUUGUGUUGUGAACUAUUUCGUUGAGAAAAGGUGGUUUCUUAAGUGUCGGCAACGCGCACGUGACACCCAUGGUGUUUCAGACAACCCUAGGCCACGGUAACCAUUUCCAUUUACAUCAGAUGGGCAACGUUAUUAUUUCAAAUUCAUUACGGAUCAUUUCAACUACCUAUAUGUACUACAUAUUCUGCAUUUUCUAAUUUGAAAUAUAUUCAUCAAAUUUUUUUGCAUACGCUUACAUAAUAAAUGUGUAAAGUGUAUUAAUUAUACUUUAUUUCACAUUAAAGUC